CAAUAAAGUUGAUUCAAACAAACACUGUGACGUCACUGCAAACAAUGGCAGCCAGCGGUUCAGCUGUGACGGUUCUGACUCCAAACGGGAGACGACAGCCCAUCAAAGUGGCUCCAAACACAUCUUUACUACAGGUGCUGGAAGAUGUUUGCAAAAAACAUGGAUUCGACCCCAAUGAUCACGGUUUAAAGUUUCAGAGGACCGUUCUUGACCUGACGCUGCCGUGGAGGUUUGCCAACCUUCCCAACAAUGCCAAACUAGAAAUGGUGACGAGUACAAGGAAGCAAGGUGGAGCGGACGGCCAGGUGCGGAUCGCGCUCCAGAUGGAGGACGGCUCUCGGCUCCAGGGUUCCUUCUCCUGCGGACAGAGCCUGUGGGAGCUGAUCGCACAUUUCCCUCAGAUCAGCGUGUCGGAGCUGACCGAAUCUGGAGCCACUCCUGUGUGUGUUUACAUGAGAGACGAGGUGAGCGGAGAGGAAGCUUUGAAGAAAACCACUCUGAAGUCUCUGGGUCUUACAGGAGGAAGUGCCAUUGUCAGGUUUCAACUCAAAAAGGACAAAAAGGCAGCAGGAGAGGAGGAUGAAGCUGCUGCAGUGCCAGUCACACCUGCUGCAAAGGAAGCCCCUCCCGGCCCUUCACCUCAGCCUAAUGCUGCUCCCGUGAUUCCUGACACGUCGGCAGACGUUGUAACAACUAAUAACUCGAUUCCUCGUGAGCCACUGGAAGCCCCACCUGCGCCGACUCCAGUCCCGGCUGCAAGCUCCAUCACUGAAGCCUUUGCAAAGCCUCAGGAUGUGGUGCGACCCAAAGUCCCUCUCACGGGGAGUGAAGCAGCAGUCGAGGAUGGAGAGGAAGCCGGACCUUCAGGUUCGAACUCUCACCCAUCCUCUUCCUCCUCCUCUUCCUCCUCCUCGGCUCCAGCAGCUCCUUUUGUUCCUUUUUCUGGUGGUGGUCAACGUCUGGGAGCUCUGGGCGGAGAGAGCGGACGAACGCCGUCUUCAUCGUCGUCCCCAGCUCUGUCGGCUUUAACCACAGCAGCGGAGUCGCCCAAAGCCAAGAAGGCCAAGCCAAGCCACAGCUCGAGCACUAAGUGUAAAGCAACGGCCAACCUGCAAGACCAGGAUGUGGAGAACAGACAAGAGUUUUUAGAGCCCGUUGACCGGGAGCCUCUGAUCUACAACAUGGACGCCACGUCCCGUCAGACCGAGGACCACGCCGAUCUGCCCGACGAGUUCUUUGACGUGACCGUGGACGACGUGCGCAAGCGCUUCGCCCAGCUGAAGAGCGAGAGGAAGCUGUUGGAGGAGGCGCCGCUUCUCACUAAAUCUCUGAGAGAAGCUCAGAUGAAGGAGAAGAUGGAGCGAUAUCCCAAAGUGGUCCUGAGGGUCCAGUUUCCAGACAGACAUGUUCUUCAGGGCUUCUUCAGGCCCCUUGAGACAGUCGGUGCAGUGAGACAAUUUGUGAGGAGCCACCUGGAGGAUCCUCAGAUCAGUUUCUACUUGUUCAUCACCCCUCCCAAAACUGUCCUGAAAGACCCUACGGCUACACUGGUAGAGGCCGACUUGUUUCCUGGCGCUCUGGUGUACUUCGGCUCAGACGUCAAAGCAGAGUUUUACAUAAAAAAAGAGCUGCUUGAGACCUCUGUCUCAGCCCUGCAAGCCAACGAGUCCAUUGCCAGCUGCAUGCUCCAGUCCCCAGAGUCUUCUUCUGCCUCAGAGGCCAUCGAGGAGACGCCACCGUCGCCCUCAGAAGCGGCGAUGGACAGUGCACCGGAAGAGCCAGAACCGUCUGCACCUACACAGGGUGCUAAAACGACCAGAUGUGACCCAGGCAAGGUGCCCAAGUGGCUCAAACUGCCAGGAAAGAAAUAGGACGUCUGCUGCAAGUCGAAGGGAGGAAUCGGAGCUGCACCCGGACCUGAGCUGUGCCUCCGCUGGCUGAGGUGGAACCGUGUGAACACCGAGGGCUCGGCCCACCAGAGCCGUCUGCUCCCAGCUGGCUUUUACAGUAGAGAUGAAUGGCUGGACUGAGGCGUUUGAAGAGGAUUGCUGUGUUUCAUCCCAGUCUGUGCCUGGCAUACGCAGAAAGAUGUGCUGGGGACGGGCAGAUGACUGAAUAAAGAUCGCUGUGCUAAGAGGGUUA